UUGCGCAAGAGACUGAGAACGACCGAUGACUCCUGUUUAUAAUUGCUUGGCUCUAUGAAACAAAACUCUCGUGCUAGUUGUCACGUAUGCGCUUGCUCAGCAAACAGUACCUGAGAUGAUAUUCCUCCUCUUUUGGCUACUUCUUCCAGCUAUCCUGUUUGCCCCAGAAGCUCCACCUUCUCUCAUUGCUACGGGCCACUCGAAUCCCCAGCCGAAGAGGGUGAAAUGCUUCUACUUCAAGACGCGACCGCUGCGCACCUACUGCCACGUUCUUGGCCUGACGGGUAUCAUCACGGCGCAAGUGGCCGAGGAAGAGUGUCGUGCCAUAUCCAUGGACAUUAUCAGCAUGAAUACCACGCCCAUGCAUCGACUCUGCACUCUGAUGAAGCACUUCGGUCUCGAGGAGCACAAACUCUGGCUUGCUGACGUAUUGGAUCGAUCUGACACUCUUACAUGGGAUGAGUGCAACAUUGAAGUGCUGGCCGCAAAUGUAACAAAGGCGCCUUCGAAUUGCACCAUCUGCAAUAUCGCAGUCGUUUGCGACGCGGGGUUCUACCACUCGAAUGGAUCGAAUUGCAUUGUCAUGGAACACAACAAUGAAGACGUCGAAUAUUGCUAUCACGAUGAUAAGGCCAGCGCAGCCGAGAGUCGCCAGAACUGCCUAGACCAGCCAUCGCCGUCGUCGAUGCUUAUGGAAGGACGACUGCUGAACGACUCUCAGGUGGACUACAUAAGGCGCCUAGUGCGCACCGACUUGGAGUUUUGGGUCGAUCUGAAACAGGAAGACGUAAGUGACCUGAGUGGCGUGGUUGCCUUCGACGCUGACGCCAUUGACUGGAACUCCUCAGUGCUUCACUGUGUGGUUUGGCCGCGACGUACCGUGGUUCUUCAAGCGCAACUGCGAUGAGCUAUAUCCGGUAGUCUGCGAAGACAGUGCGAAAAACCGGGAGUAAGACCUUCUUUGAAAUAUCCGCAC